AUGUAUGACAAUGGAACAACAGUCAUUGGUGAUUAUACUUUCAUCUAUUCUGGACACUCAAGCACUGACAAAACUCAUUCAGCUCAUGGAGUAGCCGUUUGUCUCAACAAGCAAGCAACUACAGCGUGGAAGAACCUUGGUUCAAUUUGGGAAGCCAUCAAUGAACGUAUUGUUAUGGUCCGUCUCGCAUGCAAGCCAAUCAACGUCACGGUCAUCGCCGUCUAUGCACCUGUAAAUCCGAAAAACCAACAAAUGGCCAGCACAACAACAGAUCCCUUCUACACCGAUCUACAAAGUACCUUAGAUAAAGUGCCAAGAAGUGAUAUGGUUCUCAUCAUUGGUGACUUCAAUGCACGAAUUGGUAUGCAACAACAUACAACAAGUAGAACUGUAGUUGGUCCUCAUGCUGUGGAUACAAUAAACAACAACGGCGAACGUCUAAUCGAUUUUUGUUCCCUAAACAACCUCGUCAUAUCCAACACAUUCUUUCAACACAAGCCUAUUCAUCAAAAAAGUUGGAUGCAUCCUGGAAGCAAGGCAUGGCAUAUGUUGGACUACACACUUGUAAACAAACAGUUUCGAACGAGUGUCGAAGAUGUUCGAGUUCAUCGUACUGCCGCUGGUGCAAUUGGUACCGAUCAUCACCUUCUUCGAAUCAAACUCAAAUUCCACUUGAAGAGUAGAAGAAAAGUGAUCAAAUCUCAACCAUUACGCAUCGAUCGAAAGAAACUCAAGAAUGAACAACACAAGUUAGCUUUCCAAGCACAAUUAAACAAUCGUCCUCAACAACAACACACAUCUACUACCUCGACAAUUGACGACAAGUAUAAUGCUUUUGUGGAUUAUGUACGUCAAGCAAGUAGAGCAAGUUUUCAAGACGACCAAGCUGGUAGAAAAUAUAAAGAAUGGUUAACGGACGAAAUUCUCGACCUUGUUGAUAAGAAAGCUAAAGCCUUUCUCGAUUGGCAGAACUUUCGUGAUACCCGUCUCGAAUCAAAAUAUCGUACGAGUUAUCGUCUACUACGAAAUCUAGCAAAGAAGAAAAUUGAAGAAAGACAAGUAGAAUAUUGGGAUGAACUCAGUAUGGAAAUAGAAAAUGCCAUCAAGCAACACGAUCCAGCAACAGCAUACUCAAUGAUUCGUCGUCUAAGAGGAGGAAAGGCCAAAAUUGAAAACCUUCCUAUUUUCGACAAAGAUGGAAAUUUGCUAACCAACUCAAAAGAAAGAUUAGACCGAUGGAAAGACUAUUUUAACGGUCUUCUAAAUGUGCCAUCUAAUGUAGACUCGACGACAAUUCAACACAUUCUUCCUGUUGCAAUAGACCCAAUUGAACAACGACGACAAGACAAAACACCAAGUCUUAAGGAAGUUCAAUGUGCAAUCAAGCAAAUGAAAAACGGCAAAGCACCUGGAAAUGAUGGAAUUUCAGCAGACAUCAUCAAAGCGGGAGGUGAUCGUUUGCCAAAUGAACAACUACUACAACUCACUGGUCAACCACAUCUAAGUGAUCUUCUUAUUAGAAAUCGUCUUCGUUGGUUCGGCCAUGUGAAUCGAAUGCAUACAGAGGACAACGAACCUUCAAUGGUCAAGAAAAUAAUGUUCUCUCAUUUCGCUCAUGCUAACAAGCCAAGAAAUAUGGGAACUCGAAAACGAUGGCAAGAUAAAAUAACAGAAGAUCUUGAAAAACUCAAUAUUCGAAAUUGGCGACGCGAAACACUUGACAAAGACAAAUGGCGGGGGACAAUCAACAGAUUCGUUCAUUCAAAUGAUCCCUCUUCAAACAUCUCCGAAGUUGUACAACAAUACAAGCAAAAAGCAGACAAACGAAGAGCUGCAUCAAAUGUACCUCUUCCUCCCAAGAUCACUGAAGUUCUAAUCAAGCAAGGGUUAAAGAACACAGAUGGUACAUAUACAUGUCCGAAUUCAAAGUGUACGAGAAGAACUUUCAAAGCACAAGGUAUUACUAGACAUGUUAAAGCUUGUGCACCAGAAUGGUGUAAGAAACACAAAAUUCCAACGAAUUGA